AUGGAUGAAAAUCAUUUAAAUCAACUUUCCCUUUUUGAAUCACCUCCUGUCGACACGACCAUUCAAACGAGAGAAUGGGUGGAAUUCAGACCUAUCAAUCAAAUAUCAGAGUACUCUGCUUUGGAAUUUAACAUACCACCACUCUCUACGGGUUACAUGGAUCUUAAAAAUAGUCGGUUAAAAGUCAGAUUGAGAAUACUGAAUCCCCUGAACAAUCCCAUCACGAAGGAAGAUGCUGUGGGUUUGGCGAAUCUACCUUUACAUACCAUAUUUGCUCAGGUAGACACCAAUCUCCAGCAAACCCCUGUAUCUCAGUUGGGCACAAACUAUCCUUACAAGGCCUACAUCGACACCCUAUUGACUACCUCCGCCGAUAACUACGGAGUGCGAUAUUCUCAACUUUUCAUUAAGGACUCCAACGAUCCCGACGAUGCCGAUCCAAUCAAGGGCAUGAAUUCAGGGUUGUACCUACGUCAUUUAUUUACUAAAGAAGGCAAAAUACUAGAUUUGGAAGGCCCCCUGCAGGUUGACCUCUUCCAACAGGACCGUUUGAUUUUAAAUGGAGUAUCACUCUCGUUAAAAUUGUGGCCCAGUAAGGAUGCCUUCAAACUGAUGUCAGUGUCUGGUUUAGAUUACAAAGUUCAGAUUGUCGAUGCUAGUUUUAAGCUAUGUAUCCAGAGACCGAAUCCUGCUCUGACCAUGGCUCAUGUCAAAAUGCUAGAAAAGUCUCCUGCAAUAUAUCCGUACUUAUUUUCUAAUCUGAAAAUAGCUUCCAUCGCUAAAGGGGAAUUCGGUUUUACCAUGGACGACGUAUUUCAGGGAGAAGUUCCCUCCACCCUCAUUCUAGGAUUGGUAUCAAGCAGUGCAUUCAGUGGAGAUUAUAAGAAAUCACCUUUUAACUUUCAGUCCUUUGAUUGUAAUUUUGUGGCCUUCUAUGUAGACGGACAGUCGUUUCCGACCAAACCUCUUCAGCCUAACUACCAGUCUCAUACUUACUUGGAAGCUUACCAAACCCUGGUUUCGGGUAGAGAAAACGUUUACGUAGAACGUGAAGAAUAUCCGAAAGGGAAUGCAUUGUACGUCUUAGACAUCAACCCCUACAUAGAUUUUAACACAAGAAGAAAAGGACAUUGUCGCCUAGAACUCAAAUUUGCAUUUCCAUUACCGGAGAGCGCAACAUUAAUCUUGUACGGAAAAUUUCCACAAAUUCUUCACAUAGACCAAUCUCGAAGCAUUAUUUUCAAAUGA